GUCAAGUGUGGUGCCUCUGCUAGUGGCAAUUAAAUGUAACCACCAAACAUUGAGAUAACAUAAAGUUAUUUCAAGUCUUUGGAUUAAUACAAGCCAUAUAGCUCUGCGUUUCUCUCAGACUUCCUGAGAAGAUGGGUUGUUUGUUUAUUCUUCUUCUUACUUUGACUUGCUUUUCCUUGAGGCUUUGUUUGGCAACUGAUACAAUCACGUUUUCUAGCGAGUACAGGGACUCUGAGACUGUCGUCUCCAACCACAGCACCUUCAGGUUUGGUUUCUUCAGCCCGGUUAACUCCACUGGACGUUAUGCAGGGAUAUGGUUCAAUAACAUUCCUGUUCAAACCGUGGUUUGGGUAGCAAACAGGAACAGCCCGAUCAAUGACUCUUCCGGAAUGGUUGCCAUAUCCAAGGAAGGGAAUCUUGUGGUUAUGGAUGGUCGCGGUCAGGUUCACUGGUCCACCAAUGUCUCCGUGCCGGUGGCUGCUAACACCACCUAUGCCCGGUUGCUGAAUACAGGGAACCUUGUGCUGCUAGGAACUACUAACAGUGGGGAUGAUAUUAUUUGGGAGAGCUUUGAGCAUCCUCAAAACAUUUAUUUGCCAACAAUGAGACUUGCUACUGACGCGAAAACAGGGAGGAGCCUUAAGCUAAGAUCUUGGAAAAGCCCGUCUGAUCCAUCGCCUGGACGAUACUCUGCAGGUUUGAUUCCUCUGCCAUUUCCAGAACUUGUCGUCUGGAAAGAUGAUCUUCUGAUGUGGCGUAGCGGUCCGUGGAAUGGUCAAUACUUCAUCGGGUUACCAAAUAUGGAUUACCGUAUCAAUCUUUUCGAGUUAACCCUUAGUAGUGACAAUCGAGGAUCUGUCUCCAUGUCCUAUGCUGGAAAUACAUUGCUGUAUCAUUUUCUCUUGGACUCCGAAGGAAGCGUGUUUCAAAGAGAUUGGAACUUGGCUAUGCAAGAAUGGAAGACCUGGUUAAAGGUCCCAUCGACAAAGUGUGAUACAUAUGCCACAUGUGGCCAAUUCGCUAGUUGCAAAUUCAAUUACGGGUCAACUCCGCCUUGCAUGUGCAUUAGAGGGUUCAAGCCACAGAGUUACGCGGAGUGGAAGAACGGAAACUGGACUCAGGGAUGCGUAAGAAAGGCGCCAUUGCAGUGCGAAAGACGAGACAACAACGAUGGAAGUAGAAAAAGUGAUAGAUUUGUGAGAGUGCAAAAGAUGAAAGUGCCCCACAAUCCACAACGAUCUGGAGCAAAUGAACAAGACUGUCCUGGGAACUGUCUGAAGAACUGUUCUUGUACGGCUUACUCAUUCGACAGAGGGAUUGGCUGUCUUCUUUGGAGCGGAAACUUGAUGGAUAUGCAGGAGUUUUCGGGCACUGGUGCGGUUUUUUACAUUCGUCUCGCAGAUUCAGAGUUCAAAACGCCGACCAAUCGAUCAAUUGUGAUCACAGUAACUUUGCUAGUAGGCGCUUUUUUGUUUGCAGUGACUGUUGUCUUAGCACUGUGGAAGAUCGUUAAACAUAGAGAGAAGAACAGAAACACAAGGCUACAGAAUGAGAGAAUGGAAGCUUUAUGUAGUAGUGACGUUGGUGCAAUCCUUGUGAAUCAAUACAAGCUUAAAGAGCUACCACUUUUCGAGUUCCAAGUGUUAGCAGUGGCGACUGACAAUUUUUCUAUAACAAACAAACUCGGACAAGGAGGAUUUGGUGCUGUUUACAAGGGGAGGUUACAAGAAGGGCAAGAGAUCGCUGUGAAGAGGCUUUCGCGAACAUCGGGACAAGGAGUCGAGGAGUUUGUGAAUGAAGUGGUCGUGAUCUCUAAGUUGCAACACCGGAAUCUCGUGAGAUUGCUUGGUUUCUGCAUUGACGGAGAAGAGAGGAUGUUGGUCUAUGAGUUCAUGCCAGAGAAUUGUUUAGACGCAUAUCUAUUUGACCCGGUGAAGCAAAGACUUCUUGACUGGAAGACGCGGUUUACUAUAAUCGAUGGGAUUUGCAGAGGUCUUAUGUACCUUCACAGAGAUUCAAGGCUGAAGAUCAUACACCGAGAUUUAAAAGCAAGCAAUAUCUUGUUAGAUGAGAAUCUAAACCCGAAGAUAUCCGAUUUUGGGCUGGCUAGGAUUUUCCAGGGGAAUGAGGAUGAAGCAAACACCCUAAGAGUGGUUGGAACAUACGGUUAUAUGGCACCUGAAUACGCAAUGGGAGGGUUGUUCUCAGAGAAAUCUGAUGUUUUCAGCUUAGGAGUCAUACUUUUAGAGAUUGUGAGUGGAAGAAGAAACUCAAGCUUUUACAAUAAUGAGCAGUAUCCAAAUCUUUCGGCUUAUGCAUGGAAACUCUGGAACGACGGGGAAGAUAUUGCUCUCGUGGAUCCGGUCAUCUUUGAAGAGUGUUGUGAUAAUGAAAUACGCAGAUGUGUGCACAUAGGACUCUUGUGUGUACAAGAUCACGCAAAUGAUAGACCGAGCGUUGCAACAGUGAUUUGGAUGCUAAGUAGCGAGAACUCAAACCUUCCAGAGCCAAAGCAACCCGCAUUUAUACCUAGAAGGGGCACUUCAGAAGUUGAAUCCUCAGGGCAAAGCGACCCAAGAGCAUCAAUGAACAAUGUGAGCCUCACAAAAAUAACAGGACGUUAGCUCUGUAAGUGAGAUAAACCUACUACUAAAGAAUUUUUAUGACAGAUUGAUUAAAUUGUACAUCUAUAUAUAUGAUGUGUAAGAGUAAUCUAUAGGAUAAGAACUUGAAAAGUCAGAAUCUGGUCUUGUUAUUGUAUGAGGUCACAUAAAGAUAGAACAUGUAGUUUGGAAUACAUUUCCUGCUCUUUAAUCCAAUCAUUGCACAUACACAGAAUGUAUAUAUGUAAUCAUAGGAGUUUCUCAAUAUAUACCAACAAAACUCUCCAACUUUGGUACGUAA